AUGUCUCGGAUACUGGCUCAAGACGUGCUUCAGCAGCAGCAGCAGCAGCAGCAGCAGCAGCAGCAGCAGCAACGUGUGCACUCCGCCGGUGGUCUACUUGGCCUGCCUACCGAGCUCAUUCACACCAUCCUGCUCUCCCUAUCACCGAUGUGCAUCGAGCACUAUUCGCAGACGUGCAAGCUCGCUCGACAUCAUGUCUACGGUGAUACUCGAAACGGCGACCUUCACCUCUGGAAACGGCUCUACCUGCAACGCUUCGACAACUUCCCCAGCCUUUGGGAUGUUCCCUACCCCUCGUUACAUCAGCACGACUUGCAACACGACUCGUCGCAGAACGGCCAUAUGGCGACUGCGUCCAGCUCUUCAGAGCAAUCCUCCUCUUCAGCCACAUCACUUCCACUGAAGCAAAAGGGUGUAUCCAACGUCAUGGCUCUUGUCCAACUCCGAGACCGUGCAGCGAGGCUUUAUGCCGGAGAUCCGAGCAACCAUGCAUCCAUCUCGUUGAACUUUAACGCUGUUCUCACCGCUCUCCUCUCCGUCAUCGACACGGCUGUACCAUGUCAAGAUCCAGACAAGUGUCUCAACGCAACCUGGCUCGGCGAGUCGAUCCUCUCAUCCGGUCAACCUACCUGGGCUCAAUGGAUCUUUCCUCGCAAAAUCAUGCGCUCUCUCGACGAGUUCAAGUCCGAAGCCGCCCACUAUAGCUCUGCUGGCCGGUCCAAGUCGCCCAUGCAGCAGCGCAAGCGUCGUCGCCUCUCUGGUGCCAAUGCUACCUCGAGAAUGCAAGACGGAUGCGCGCCAUCUACAUCGGCAGCCGCAGCGAGCUCUUCGCGCCACACUUCCUCAUCCAAAUCCAACGGUGAACGUCCCGAAUCGGUCCGCAGACGGUCUGCACGCUUGCUCAAGCUCAUGUAUCCCGAAUCCCUUCAUCCACUUGUCGAUGCAGGUCUCGACAUUGACGCGCUGGUUCAGCCUCAAAUGCGUCUGGCAGCACGCAUCCAUUGCUUGCACGGCAUACGAGCCUGGAAGGAUUCUCAAAAGCAGCGACUCACAGAAAGUCCACAAGAGAUCGCAGGUCAGCCCAGUCGCGACGGCUUGGCUCACGAAGGAGCAGCACAGGUGACAGCACAAGAAAACGCCACCAAUGCACAGCACGAACCCAGCAAUCCCCAGUCACAGCCUACGCAACCAGCAAUCCAGCUCAAUGCCACCGUAGAGGAUAACGUUGGAGGAGAAGAAGAAGAGGAGGAGGAGGAAGAAGAAGAAGAAGAAGAAGAAGAAGAAGAACGACAACAGGAUGAUGAGGAUGUCGACCCGGACGACCACGAUGAUGAUGAUGACGACGACGACGAUGACGACGACGAGAGCUUUGACGAGACGCCCGCUGCCAUCCUGCGCCAUCGUCCUCGUGUAUUUGGGCCCAGCUUUGGCUUCUGCAGUGCGCCAGACGAGGAAGACGAGGUUCGUGCUCGUAUGAGACAACUUGUCUACGACUCUGGCUACUAUGGCUCUUCCAACGACUACGCUCCUCUCCAUGCCUGGCGUUUACCUAUAGAGACAAAUGUGUCGGACAACAACGGCGAUGAUGACGACGACGAACAAGACGCGACUCAAGACGCUGACGACUUGAACGUUACAGAUGCUGCAGCAACACAGGCCAGCCAGUUCGACGACGACAAUGUGCUUCGUGACGCGGCGGAAUCAAGCGACGAUGACAUCCCAGAUGAUCCCGUGCCCAUCGAGAUUGAGGUAAUCCGCGACGGCGAUGGCGACAGCAGGCGCACAUUUCAAGUGGCUGAUCGUUACGGUAACCCUGUCAGCUACAGCCAAACGACAGGACGCGGCGCUUCGGACGAUGAACACGAGCACGAGCACGACCAUGACGAUGGCCAAGCCCAGCGUCCAACUGAUCGCGUGCCAUUUCAGUCCCCUGAUCUAGGUUCCUAUGAUGCUGACGCCGGAAUCUACACAUACGAAGGUAAUCAGGGCAUCGGCAUCGUCACAGGCAGGGACAACAUCCAGAUCACAAUCGGAGGUACCGUCGACUUUGUUGCUACAGGCGAGCUCACUGUGCGCUUCAUCCGACCAGGUCUGCUUGCAGAGACCAUGCGUGUCACCAGCGGACACCAAGCCGCGGCGUUGGAAUCGAUCGAGUCGGACGACGAGCGAGCCAUCCGAGAUGACGACGAUCCCGUUGUUCUUGAAGUGGAUGAUGAUGACGAUGAUGUAGAUGAAGAAGAAGACGACGACUUUGACGAGGAUGCCAACGACUGGGUCAACUUUAGCGACGGCGAGUUCGACAUGGCGGUGCUCGUCGAUGGCUAUCGCGGCUGCCAUGCCGCCGAUGAGAUCUGGCCCCUCAUCGAAAAGCACAAUGCAGGGAAACAGAACGCGAACGAAGCUCCGAACGUUUUCAGUCUGCGUAGAAAGGCGAUCCACUGGGAGCUGGUCGAAGCCAUCAUGGUGGUCAUGUACGCCAAUCUGAAAGAAGCCAUCUGGCUUGAAAAUUGGGGAUUCGGCAUCAAACUCCCCAAGAUUUAUGACGAGUCAGGCCUGCUGGUCAGGGACCCUAUGGAGAAGCGCGACUUCCUUGAGUUCCCAACCGGCUGGAUCUCGUCUCUGCCCAGCCCUACAACGACGAAGCUGCACGUCGACAAGAUGUCUAACCAAGCUUCAGCUAACCGACCUGCAUCACCAGCAAGGAUCAACAGAGCCGGAACCGAGGCGCAAGGCGACGAAAAGCCACAUGACUGGGCACGAUGCGAAAGUUUUUGGGGCGGAACCUACAGCUUUUUGGACUUUCGUCACUUUAUCAACUACAACGUUUGUUUGGCGCGACGACGUGCCGCCGGAGACAGGGACGGGUCACCGAAGCUCAACUUGGCUGGACUGGAAGAAGCUGUUGGCGACUGCUUGCAGCUUCGUCUGGAAUUGCUGCCCAAGUCGCAGCAGCCAGCGUAUGACGCGCUGGAAAAGUUAGAGGGACAACCAGAUGAUGAAGAGUAUCCGAUUCUUUACUUCCGUGGCACAACAGUGACCUACUGGGGCAACGAAGCACCCAUGCCACGCGGCGGAGUUUACGGCAGAGUGCGGCCAGUCUACGCAAGGGAGGAGGAUGUGGAUGAGGUCAUGUCGAGGUGUGCUCGUGGCAAGAAAAAGAUCGAGGGCUUGCACUGGUCUUUGACGCACGUCUAUGAAGGCGAAGAUCGGUGGCAGCUGGAAGGUGUUCAGCCUGGACCGCCGGGGACGCGCGCGCCCAUACUUGGUAUAUGGACGGAUGCGAUGCAUGAGCCAGAGAGUCCAAAUGGGCCGUUCGUAUACUGGAUGAUGGACGAGCGGCCGUGGAAGGAGAUCGACCGCUUGAAUCGACACGAGGCACAGGUAUUGGCUGCUGCGAGGGCACCGAACAACCGAUAA